AUGGGCAACUCUACGACUCUUGCUGGACCCAAAGGUCAAGAUGAACACCUCAAUAUUCGACAUGCAGAUGCCCCCGACUUGGACAGAGUCAUUUGGUACAAGGAGCCUCAGCUGAGGAAGCUCUACUGUCUUUGCAUCUUCCUACUCGUCGCAUCGGCCACAACCGGGUACGACGGAAUGAUGGUCAACACGUCCCAGCAGAUGGACAAGUGGAAGGAGUUCUUCCCUCAGUAUGCCGAUGCGAACAAGCUCGGUAUUCUCAUCAAUAUGUACAACAUCGGGUCGGUGAUUUCCUUCCUGGUCGUUCCAUAUAUGGCGGACUAUCUCGGUCGAAAGAUUACGAUUGCUGUUGGUUGCGUGCUCAUGAUUUUGGGCGCGUUUGUCGGUGCUUUCAGCACCAGCUACGGAAUGUAUAUUUCUGGCCGUUUUGUUCUCGGCUUUGGAAAUUCGUUUGCGCAAAUGUGCUCCCCGCUGCUUCUGACAGAAAUCUGCCACCCCCAGCAUCGUGGGCCCCUCACGACAGUGUACAACUGCUUGUGGAGCUUGGGCUCACUGUGUGUAUCCUGCAUCGGAUGGGGUACUUCGUCAAUCAACAGUGAGUGGUCGUGGAGGUCAAUUACUCUUAUCCAAGCCGUGCCUUCCGUCAUACAACUUUGUGGCAUCUGGUGGCUUCCGGAAUCCCCGCGAUGGCUCGUAAGCCGGGACAGAGCCGAGGAAGCGCUUCAGAUGUUAACCAAGUACCACGGUGCCGGGGACGUUGACAAUGUCACGGUACAGAUUCAAUACCGCGAGAUGAAAGACGCAAUCCAGAACCGAAAAGACAAAAAUGCGACAUAUCUAGAUUUCUUCAAGACUCGCGGCAACCGAUGGAGAUUGGCCAUUAUCAUAUCCCUGGGUGUUAUAUCCCAGUAUUCAGGCAAUGCUCUGUUCUCAAACUACAUUGAUAUCGUCUAUGUGGGAGCUGGUAUUACGGAACAGAAUCAGAAACUUGCUCUCUCGGCAGGCAAGACAAUCAUGGAUUUGCUUGUUGCCGUGAGCACGGCACUUCUUGUCGACCAAUGGGGGCGACGGCCGUUGUUCCUACUGGGAACCGCAGGCAUGUUUGCUUCCUUUGCUCUCUGGACCGUUCUCGGUGCUGUCUACGAGAAUUCUAGCCAAACACUGGCAAAUGGCACUCAGGUAUACACAAACAAAGCAGCAGGCACUGGCCAAAUUGCGUUUGUCUGGCUGUUUAGUCUGUUCUACCAUGUAGGAUUUGCUGGCCUGCUCGUAUCGUAUGCCCUGGAAAUUCUCCCUUUCCAUCUUCGAGCCAAGGGUAUGAUGAUUAUGAAUGUCACUGUGCAAGCCAUCCUUGCCCUUGGAAAUCAAACCAACAAGCUGGCAUGGAAUAACAUGCCCAACCACUGGAACCUGAUGUUGUUCUAUACGCUAUGGGAUUUCUGUGAAUUUCUAUUUGUGUACUUUGUGUAUGUUGAAACCAAAGGGCCAACUCUCGAAGAGAUAGCCAUCAUCUUUGACGGCGACGAUGCCAUUGCUCGGGUGGAUGUGGAGCAAUUGGGGAAAGAGGUGGAGCUUCAGGUUCAACACAAAGAACUCAGUGUUUGA